AUGGAUCCCAAGAUCACCGGAGAAGAGUACAUUCAGGAGCCAAAUAGCUCAGAUCGGGACCUCCACCCCGAAAAGCGUCACUCUGUCACGGGCGACGUCUUUGUCCAUGAUCAUGGCGCGGACACCGAGCUUCGCCGUCUCCUCAGCACACGACAUCUUACCAUGAUUGCUCUUGGUUCCAGUAUUGGAAUGGGUCUUUGGUUGGGCUCAGGCACUUCCUUGAUCAGUGGUGGUCCUGCCGGGAUCUUCUUGGGCUAUUGCUUGUCCGGUGCCAUGAUCUGGUCGGUCGCUCAUUCCAUUGGAGAAAUGGCCGUCAUGUAUCCGUUGCCAUCCGCCUUCGUCCAGUGGACGGGCAAGUUCGUUGAUCCUGCGGCUGCCUUUGCGCUCGGCUGGGCCUACUGGUUCUCCUUUUGCAUCACCAUUGCGAACGAACUCGCUGCUGCCAAUACCAUCCUGAGCUUCUGGACCACUGAAGUCCCGGUGGCGGCAUGGAUCACCAUCUUCUGGGUGGUCAUCAUCGCGGUGAAUAUUGGAGCGGUGACCAUUUUCGGCGAGGUGGAAGUCAUUUGCAGCACCAUCAAAUUCGGUUGGAUCUUCGUCGUCAUCAUUUCCCUGAUCGUCGUUUCGGCCGGUGGUGGCCCCAAUAAUGAAGCCAUCGGCUUCCGGUACUGGAACUCGACUCCCUUUACCAAUGGAUUCAAGGGAUUUCUUACCGUCAUGCCCACCUGUAUUUUCGCCAUGGCCGGCUCUGAAAACGCUGGCCUGGUGGCCGCCGAAACGGCCAAUCCUCGGAAGUCUGUUCCUCGCGCUGUCGGCUCGAUCUGGCUUCGGCUCUCGUUGUUCUACCUGCUGGGCUCGCUCAUGGUCACCAUCACCGUUUCUCCAUUCGACGAAGAUCUCUUUGGCGGCGAGGGGACCAACGCCUCCCCCUUCGUCAUUGCGUAUCGCAAUGCUGGUAUUUCCGCUCUCGCACACAUGAUGAACGCCAUCAUUCUCCUCUCCGUCGUCUCGUGCGGUUCCAUUUCAGGCUAUGCCGGCGCCCGCACCACAAUGGGUCUCGCUUACCUCGGCAUGGCACCAAAGCAAUUUAAGACGGCCGACAAGACCGGCCGACCAUGGUACGGCCUCGUGCCCACCCUGGUUCUUGGUGGCGGCCUGGGUUAUCUCAAUGUCAACAAUUCCGGCGCGGAGGUGUUCGGUUGGCUCUCCAACCUGACGUCCCUCUUCACCCUGUUCGGCUGGGGAAUGAUCUGUCUUUCUCACAUUCGUUUCCGAUGGGCUUGGGCGCUCCAAGGCCGCGACAAAGCCGAAUUACCCUGGCGAAGCUGGACAUACCCCUAUGCCGCUUGGUUCGGGCUCAUCAUGUGUAUCAUUCUCAUCAUUGUUCAAUUCUACCUCGCCGUGUGGCCACUGGGUGAUGAAACCAACGCAGAGAACUUCUUCGCCAAUUACGUCUCGGUCAUUCUCAUUUUGGUGCUCUACGUUGGAGCCAAGAUCUUCUACCGUGGUCGACCGUGGGUGGACCUGAGCACGGUCGAUUUGGAUUAUGGCCGGAGAUUUUAUACCGACGAGGACAAGGAGAAAGGCACCAGCACCGGUGUCAAGGGCAUUGCACAGAAGACAUUGGGUGCCAUUUUCAACUAA